AUGUACCAGUAUUGGAUUGAUCUUUCGUUUGAUUUAAAAUUUCUUUACAAGGCUGAUCAUUCAUUUCUUGCUGACAAUACUGAAUAAAAUUUUCAGCAGUGAUGCUGCUACUGUUUCUUACAAAUUUAUUUAUUAAAUGAUAUAGGGAUACUUUAUCAAUAGCAUUCUCAGUUUUGUAAAUGCUGUUGCUUUUGUUUUCUAAUCCUUUUUCUAGUAGUUUUUUUAAGAAAGAAUUAUUGUGUGAUGCAACUAUGGGAAUAUUCUUAAAUAGCUCGUUCAAUUUUGCUGCUUUCAAUGAAGAACCUAGUUUUGCUAAAAUCUGUUUUCGCCAGUAGCACUCAACACUUGUUACAGAAGGUUCUGUAGAAUGUCGUAGUAGCCAAAAUAUCAGAGCUACACCAUGCUUGCACCCUCCUAGAAAUUAAAAUAUAGUACAUUAUAAAGACACAAGGAAUUAUUAAACUCAAUACCUUCACCGGCUGGGCAGCUAUGACACACACUAUGUGUAAUCUUCUCUUCAGCCUCAUUAAUGCAAAUUGUCACCUGAUAUCCUUUUUCGUGGAUCUUGUGUUCUGGAGUUACAUGGCACUUUACAGUACAUAUUGAUCCCUCUCGCAUCAGCUGGACAAAUCCGAUAGCUUGAUCCCCAUACGAUUGCUUGCCACUUCUAAGAACAAUAUGGUUAUUAAAAUAUGUUUCCUAACAAUCGAAAAAGUACCCACCUUUGUGUUUUCACAUUUCUCACAUUUGCUUUGACAAAGUCUGCAUUGUGUCGAUAGUAUUCAUCGAUCAUCUCGUAAGCUACUUUCGGUAAAUUCGAAGAAUCUGCUUUCACGAAGUUUUGUUCCAUAUUUUAAUUGUGUAUUUAAAAAGCUAAAUUCCAAAUCAGUCACUAGCACAAGAUAAAUCAUAAUACCAAAUCGUCAACAACAUAGCCAGAAUGCAUCAUAACCUUUAAAUUAUCUGUCAAAAAAGUCUGUAGAACAAAAUCUCCUGUCCUUGUCACACUGUAAUCGCCGAACAAAUGUAGAGUCACAUUCUAAGAAGGGGGCGGAGAAAAUAUUACUACGUCACGCGAGAUAUUAUUACGUCACACAGUUGGCGGCAAAUUUUAUUUUUAAACUUUCAAGCCGAGUUUUUGUUACUUCUUGUUCAAAGAGAAAUGUAAAAUUACUCAAUAUAUAGUUUUUAGAUGUAAAACUUCAAUUUGGAAUAAAAAAAUUUUUUUUGGAAAAUACCCCAUUGUUGCAAUAGACGCAGAGAAGAUGUGAAAAUGAAGUUUCACAGGAUACCUACAAAUCCUAACAUGAGGAAGUUGUGGUUACAUGCUAUAAGGAGAGAAAACUUUACUCCCAGUACAACAACGGUAAUUUGUGAAAAGCGUUUCACUCCAGAGGAUUAUUAAGUUAGUGUUCAUGGAAAUAAGGUACUAAAAAAGGUGGCAGUUCCAUCUGUGUUUGAUUUUCCAGCCCAUCUCAAGAAAGAACCUAGACAUCGAAGGGUUUUGAAAAGAAAACAUGAAUACAUAAUUUCUAGAAUGAACUAUGGUAUAACCUAUAUUGUAUUAUAAUGAAAAACUGUGCAUCUACAGUAUUGUUAAUGCCAUUGUGCACAAAUAUUUUAUAUAUAUAUAUACAUAUA